CAGGGGAAACGAGACGUGGCCAACAAGCAUGGCGGGUUUAGGCUGAGGUGAGCUAGGCUGACCUUGCGGGACUUUGGGAUUAGGCUGUGUGUCCCAGAAAAAGUUCCAGGCCCCUGACUUCAUCAGCACUGGGGUGUCAAGAGAGAGGGACCAGCGGCUUGGGGUGGAAAACCUGAGGAGAGACAGGAGGACUUCCGGUAGGGCGCGCUUCUAGGGGUUCCGGAGCCAGCAGACUCCCAGCAGAGCGAGCCUGCUGUCCGGAGACCUGAUGCAGGCCGGGGGCCCUGGAGUCCCCGGGGAAGUCCUGGACAGGAACCGAGUGCUGGUGGUGGACGACUUUGAAAGGACCAUGGACGGGAAACUGCAGUGUUCAUACUGUGGCUACUCCAGCCAGAGAACAGCUCGGCUGAUGGAACAUAUGAGGAUCCACACGGGUGAGAAGCCGCACAGGUGUCUCCUGUGCCCCUUUGCCUCGGCUUACGAGCGGUACCUCGAAGCCCACAUGCGCUCCCACACUGGAGAAAAGCCAUACAAGUGUGAGUUGUGUGCUUACCGCUGCAAUUACAGAAGCAACCUGUCCCACCAUCGGAGGCGCAAGCAUAAUCUGUUACCGCUGACCGGUCCCAGGGCCUCCUUAAGCAGUGUGAACAUGUGGGGGACCUUACAGAGUAAGAGCAGUGUGGAGGAUGGCAAACGAGGGGUGCUCAUCACCUUAGCUGCAACUUCUGCGGUCGUUCAGAAACCAGAUCAGCUGAGGGAUUCUACACCCAAGAUCCCAAACGUUCAGAAUAGCUUCUGUGACAGUACAGAUACAACUCCGGUUUGCAGACUGCCGAGGGACCCACAGGGACUCUCGUUUGUGGAUAAUCCUUUGGAUCAGCUGUCUGACCUACCAGGGUAUUUGUCCACCUUGCCACCUGAAAACCAAAGCCCUGUCUCUGCUGAUGUAGAUUCCAUCCUAGAAGAAUGGAAGCCUUUUGUAAUGCAACAACCCUCUGCCCAAGGGAGGGUCCCUCAGAGCGCUCUCAUAGUCCUCAGGCUUUCUCCACCAUCUAGUCAGAGAGACUGCAGUCCACCGGCAGGGCCCAGCAGCCAGCCAAGUGGCUACACCAACACCCCCAUCCUUGGAAACAGCCAGCCAAGCAGUCCAACCGCAACCUUGCCCCCAUUGCGGGACCGUCAGCUUUACUGCUGCCAGCACUGUGACACAUACUUUGCAGACAAUGUCCUUUACACUAUUCAUAUGGGAUGCCAUGGGUAUGACAACCCCUUUCAGUGUAACAUAUGUGGAUUCAAUUGUGAGGACAAGUAUGAUUUUGCCUGUCACUUUGCACAAGGUCACCAUAACCAGGGCUGACAACGACCAACUGUAUAUCUUUACCCAAGUUAACCUUUUGGGGUGUUUGUAGUUUAGUUUUAGAUUUUGGUUACUCCUGGCAAGGCUUUUUCUACUUUAAAAGCUUGCUAUAGUUGGUAGAAACCUCUCCCCGCCCCCUCCUCCCCCACCAUUCCUCUUUUGAUAUAAUUCCAUUUGGUCAGGGUUAAACACUGGAUACUUAACCUUUUUCUUCCCAUCAGUAAGUCAUGUGAGAAUUGAAGCCCAAUCAAAACCUUACCAGGUAUUUAGUUAUAUUUUCCUACUUAUGCCCCUUUAGGCUUUAAGGAUUGUUCACACUCUUGGUAUUUCUGAUAGUCAUUGAAUUUAGAUAAUAUUUCUGUUGUAUUUUAAAAAUAGAAUAAUUUUCCCCUUUAAACUGGUUACACCCUAUUUUCAUGAUGGUAUUAACUUUAAAGUUACCUGUAGUUGGAGUAUUGUCUAGUUCUUAUACUAAAAUUGGACUAGUAGUUUCAUUUCAAGUGGAAAUAAUAAGACUGCCUCAGUAUAGUAAUUGUUUUUUUUUCUACAAAGGGAACAUAAAACAAUUUUUUUGAAGUUAAAAUAGGUGAAAGUUCUGAAAAAAAAAUGGAACUUGGGACCAAGUUUCCUUUAACCUAAAUAGUGUGUUUAAUAUUUAACACUGUGGAGACAAUGUCUAAUUUAGAUUAAUAACCCACUGAGCCUCUAAUGUUUCAAGUUUAUUUUCUAAAACCGGAGGAAAAGGUAGCAGAAUACUAGGCACUUUUUUGCAAUUUCAAUUUCUUUUUUUAAAAAAAGAUUUAUGUAUUUUUUUUAUUUAUAUGAGUACACUGCAGCUGUCUUCAGACACACACUAGAAGAGGGCAUCAGAUCCCAUUACAGAUGGUUGUGAGCCACCAUAUGGUUGCUGGAAUUGAACUCAGGACCUCUGGAAGAGCAGUCAGUGCUUUUAACGGCUGAGCCGUCUCUCCAGUCCACAAUUUCAAUUUCUUAGUUAAAUUCUUCACUGCCACAUGACUGGUGUUCGUUAAGAUUGGCAACUUUAAUGAGACUCUGUUUUUCAGAUUCUCUUGAUGACCAAAACAACAAGAGGCACAGCGAAAUUUAGCCAUUUGAAAUUGCGGCUGUUCCCCAGAACCGUCUGAGACAGCCAGUGAGACCCCACCAGUUCCUGAACUGUGACCUUCAGGGCUUUAGGGCUUUGUACAUACAUUAUCGCUGCUGCUGUGUUCAUAUGACUUUGAUAGAACAGCCACAGAAACUUCAUGCAAGGCUUCUGGGAAAAUCUGAUUUUUAACUUUCUGUGUUCCUUACUGAAAACGAAGUGCCCUGCUCCCCAGGUCUAUUCUUUUGAGCCUUUAUACUAAGGCUAAGCUGAGCCACUUCCUGAGUGCUCCUCUUUUGCCUCUAGGGAUGCUCCUGGCAAAAUAUGAAGGCACAGGAUGAGGCCCAAUCCUGCAGCAGUUUUUCUUUACACUGGAUGGGCAACAGGGGCCCAUAGAAUCUAUGUUAAUCAUCCUUCUCCUGCAGGACCCACCCUGACCUCCAUGUUGGCUAGUGUGGACACAUCCUAUAGGUUCUCCUGUCUUGUAGCAGCAGCAGGGCUUAUUCCAGGGAGGUGCCCAGAGAGGAGAUGAGCUGGUAGUCCUGCCCUAACUACAAGUAUAGCACAAGUGCCUGCCGCCUCAUUCCUUCCACUGCCUGUCAGACUGAGGCUGGGAAUGGCUUCUUUCUGGUUGCUCUUCCACCUCAGGUGGGUUUCUGUGAGCUCUGAUCUCUCUGUUGAAGGGGUACAUCUCUGCCUCUUUCAUCCAUGCCCUUUCUGACGGAAGCCUGACCCAUUCAAACUCCUUUGACUCCAGGGCUCCCAUCAAGCUCUCUAACGGACACUGUGUAGUUAAUAGUUACUGAUUUCUUUAGAAAUUUUCUUUGAAUUUAUAGCACAUACAAUGGGCCUGAAUGGUGUCUUACCCAAAUUCAUAUGUUGAAAUCCCUGGAGCUUGCGAAUGUGACUAUAUUUGGACAAAACGUCUUUAAAGGAGCAAGGUCAAGUAAGGUCUCAUGGAUGAACCCUAACCUGGUAUGAUUGUGUCCCUGUGAGGAGAGUUGGACACAGGUUGAUGACCAGGGGAGGGAGGGAGAAGCUGUCUAGCUGCCUACGAGCCAAGGACGGACAGAAAUCUCAGAAGGGGCUAGACUUACUUGCAUUUUGUUCUCAGGUUUUUAGUCCAUGGAACUAUACAGAAGUAAGUUUCUAAGUUAAAUUGUCCUGGGUUGUAACAGUAGCUUGCUAAGGAAGCCUAGCACGUUGGUAAAGUAGUGCUAUGCUUCUGUUUGAUUUUGGGUUUAGUUUGGUUUUGAGUCAGGUCUCACUAUGUAGCCUUGGCCAACCUGGAACUCACUGUGUGGAAUAGCUCAUAAAGAUUCAUUUACCUCUGCUUUCCUAGUCCUGGGAUUAAAGGUGUGUGCUACCAUGCCACCCUGCUUUUCUUUUUCAGGAAGAAAAUGUCCUAAAGAGACAGUUAUGGAAGGGAAGGAAACACAUGACCCUGUGUUUUAGAGCUAGGUGCAGUGUAAGAACAAUUUCCUGGGCUUGUCUAGUUCUGCAUUUAUUAGAUUUUAUUUUAGUGCUUCCUUUGGAAUGUAGCAUUCACUUUAUGUUCUCCUAAAGACUGCCACUCACUCAUAGCACUUUAUAAGUCUCCUUAGCUGUUCUCCUAACUUGUCACAUAAUAAAUGCCAAAGUAAGCUCUUGAGUAAGAUUGAGUGGAUUCACAAGCUGGAGCUAGGCUGUUGAGGGUUGCUGUGUUCCUUGACCCACAUAUCCUUACUGCUGGUGUUUAUCACUGAGGUCAGUACAAUGGGGACAGUGACAUUCAGGAAAUUGAGUCACAUUUAAAGCAUUGGAAUCUUUUGUUUUAGUUCAUUUUUGUACUUAAAUUCAUCCAUCAUAGUCAAAAAUGAUUAAGUCAGAGAAGCCAGUCACCAUUAUUUAUACUUCAGGGUAGAGGAUUGAUCCUCUUAACUGUAAUGGCCAGCAUUUGGCUCUAAAGGCUAAUUCCUUCUUAGUCUUUGUACUCUGUGGACUGUGAGGUCCACUGUUCCUUCACUCAUGGUCCCUCUGUGUCCUCACCAGGCUCUUUAACAAUGCCUGUACACUAACUGACACAGAUCUGCCUGCAGCACGGAGUUCACUCCUGGCUGAGUUCCCAGCCCCUGGGUCUGAAACUGCUUACUGAGCAUCCCCACCGUAUUCCUCUGAGUGCCUCAAGCUCCCCUCGCUCCUCCCUCUGUCACCCUCGUGUACAUUUCCCAUCCCCGUGCUUAUUCCCUCCUGUCCUCACUCUUUUCCAUACACUUCUGUCUUAAACUGUAGCCCAGAAUGACCAGGAGCAGAGGGUAAUCUUACCACAGUCUCCAACAUGCCACAGUUACAGGCAUAAGUCACCAUAGCCAGCCUAUUACUGUCUAAGAUGUUCGUUACCAGAGACCGACACACCUCAGCAUGUAAAUCCAACCUCUUCUUUCCAUCUCACAUUGCCACUCAACAGGGCUUAUUCAUUUUUCUUUUUUCAUAUUGAGUAUGGAAGAAUACUCAAAAUGUAUUUUGUCUCACCAGUGUUAAGACAUGCAAAUCAACAGAAGGCAGAAUGAAACUGACAAAGGUAGCACCCAACAUAGUUAGAAUCAGAGCAAGUGAGCACGUUUGCAGGCGGCUGGCUGGAAAGUGGCGCUUAUGCUGGGUAACUGGCAAAGACACCGGCAAGUUUUAAAAAUGCAUCUCUUUAACUCAGUAAACUAUCUUUUAGAAAUCUGCCACAGUGAAGUAACUUGAGAAAUAUAUGGGUUACACGUUUGGUUUACUAGAUUUUCGUAAACACUAAAAGAUCAUAAAUAUCACCAAUACCAAACAGCCUAAAUGAGGGAUUUGCUUAAUAUACUGUGUUAAAUAUGUGAGUUUUGGCACCACUGAUGAUUAUGCAAGGUAUGUGGUUACCAAGUCCAGUGAAACUCACUUGCACUUUACAUGCAAAGAGAGAGUGUGAAAUAGUGUAUAGAUGGUGGACACACUUGAUAUAAAUAUGCACAUGGGCAUUCUCAACAGAAAUCAGGGCAAGCUGGAAAGUGCUUUGUGGGCUAUCAGUGAUGGGUACUUCAGGAGAUGACCUUGUAGAGGAUAAACGCUUUUCAAGAAUUUUCUUUAUUUGCUCAUUCUUUCCCCUAACAACAAAAACUCCUAACAAGGCAGGAGCUCCUAUGAAAUCUCUGAGUAGGAAGCACCAUAGGGUACAUUCCAGUAGACAACACUGAAAUGGGCAGGUGUCUCCACUUUGUUCCAUGGCAACCUUAGCCUGUGGGCUAUGCACUGACCCAGAAAUGAACAGCAAUGUCUGUCCAGUAUUGUCCAGUCACCAACACCAGCUAGAGCUCCUGACUCUUGUCUGAUAGAACAGUGUAUCUGGGCCCCAAUAUCCCCUUACAUGCAUAUGCCAUGUGAUGGAUUUCCUCCCAGAAGGCCCUACUUCCUGGAUUUUCUACCAUCUCCCUCCUGAGAGUACACCAGCAGGGUACCAAUGUUUCAACACAUGAACAUUUGGAGGUCUAAACCAUCAAAGUCAUGUCAAAGAUACAUGGAUGUUAACAUCUAAAAAGUUAUAUGUGCCACUUUUGUGACUGAUAUUUUUGCUUGUGCCUACAGUUAAACACAUUUCUAAAUUUAGUGUGACAACCCUUUCUGUGCCUCCCCAAAUGCUUCUCCAGAAUUUGCACACCAUCCCACAAACUACACAUUUUUAGUUUAACAGAACAUGCUAUUAUUGUAUGUAUUCUAGCACUCGCUUUUUUCUGAACAGAGAAUUAAUGAGAUUUGUUGAUGUGUACAGAUAGAUUAUGUUAGAUUAUAGGGUAGCACCAUUUGAAUAUUUCCAUAUCAUUUGUAUUUUUACUGUUGAAGAACAUUUGUAUUAUUUUUAGAUUUUAAAACUCUUUCUGUUAGUAA